UCUGCAUAUCAUUUAAAUCUUCUCCCACUGACUUGAGGUCCUCUCAUUAUCUUUGCCUUGUCUCGCUUUUACACAAUAUCCAGUGCUCCUUUUAGACGGUGACUGGGAUUCCUUCGACAGUGCAAGACAGCAGGCAGUCCUGUGCAGCGUUGGGUGAAUAGCUUCUCUGAAUUGAAGGUGAAACUUCAUUCGGCCAUAGACUAUUUCGCCCUCGACCCUUCUUAAAUCCUCAAGCCCAUCUAGCGUCCUCAGUGACAACACUCCUCCAGUCGCAACCCUCCGUCACCAUGCGCAUAACUCCACAGACCCUGCGGGCCGCCGCUUGGGCUGCCCUUGCGCUCUCUCCAGCUCAAGCUCAAUACGUAAUAGACAACCUCAGCUUCGGCCACAAGGAAGGACCGCUGUCUCCCACCCUUCGGGGAAUCCCGCACUGGCACCACGCCGGCGAGGGAUACCAUCCCGAAUUCCUCUCCGAUCGGGUAAUCCUCACCCCCCCCUAUCCUGGAAACAAGCGUGGCGCUCUGUGGGCAGACGACCCUCUGAAUCAUGUGGACUGGACGGCUGAGCUCUCAUUCCGAGUCUCAGGGAUAGAGAGGGGUAGCGGCAACCUGCAGCUAUGGUACACAAAAGAUUCACAGAAACAAGAGCCCACAACCUCUUUGUACACGUCGCCCAAGUUCGAUGGCCUGGUUAUCCUGGUGGAUCAGUACGAGGGACGUGGAGGAUCAAUUCGAGGGUUCCUGAACGAUGGAACUAUAGACUUUAGGAGCCAUCACGACGUGGAUACGCUGUCUUUUGGGCAGUGCAACUAUGCGUACAGGAAUUUGGGUAGAUUGAGCGUGCUCAAAUUGAGCCAGACAGGCGGCGUCUUUGAAGUUACCGUUGACGGACACCCAUGCUUCAAGACAGAUAAGGUCAAACUUCCCACAGGCUACUACUUUGGUAUCUCCGCCGCCAGUGCUGAAAAUCCCGACUCCUUUGAGGCCCACAAAUUUGUCGUCUCGACCACAAAUGCAAACACCCGUGAGGAACCCAACUACCAGCAACACCAGCAGCAAGCCGUCCACGGCCAGCAACAACAAUACGAGCAGCAGCGACAUCAGCAAAACCAGCAACAACACCAGCAGCAGCAAUCACAACAACAGCAACAACAGAACAAGGCCUCAGAACCCACAAUAAGCGAAAUCCCGCAAAUGCUCUCGGACGUCCUAGCCGGCAGUAUCCGCUCCCAGGCCGACCAAUUCGCCGAUCUCCACAACCGCAUCCAAAUCAUCAACCAUAUGGUCAACUUGGUCCACGACACUGUCGAGCGUAUAGAGCGCGAACAGAAGGAACACUUUGACCAGAUAAUGAUGAGACUGACGCCCGUAGACGAUAGGACGAGCGCCAUGAUGCGCAAUGUCGAGAAGGUGGAGCGGAUUAGCAUGGAGGUGCAGAGGGAUUUGGAAAGCAAGGAUUUCAAGGACAUGUUGAAUGCGGUGCAUAAUGCUAUACAGGACAGCCAUAAUGCGCUGAGUUCAGGGAUGCCGUUGGCUAUGGCUCAUAUAGUUGUGGGAAGCCAGAGACCGAGUAUAAUGGCUUUCUUAUUUGUCGCGGUUGCGGUUCAAAUCAUGAUCACGGGCGCGUAUAUGGUUUACAAGAAGAGGAGGCAUGGCGCUCCAAAGAAGUACCUAUAA